AUGUCGACAUUUGGAAAGCUGUUCCGUGUCACCACGUAUGGUGAAUCGCAUUGCAGGUCCGUCGGAUGCAUUGUCGACGGUGUGCCCCCAGGAAUGUCAUUGACUGAAGAGGACAUCCAGCCGCAGUUAACCAGAAGAAGACCGGGUCAGUCUAAGCUGUCAACUCCCAGGGACGAGAAGGACCGAGUGGAAAUUCAGGCCGGUACCGAGUUCGGCAAGACGUUGGGAACGCCCAUCGCCAUGAUGAUCAAGAAUGAGGACCACAGACCCCACGACUACUCUGAUAUGGAUAAGUUCCCCAGACCCUCUCAUGCGGACUUCACCUACUCCGAGAAGUACGGGAUCAAGGCCUCGUCCGGUGGUGGUAGAGCGUCCGCCAGAGAGACGAUUGGACGUGUCGCUUCUGGUGCGAUUGCUGAGAAGUUCUUGGCUCAAAAUUCUAACGUUGAGAUCGUAGCGUUUGUCACCCAGAUCGGUGAAAUUAAGAUGAACAGAGAUACUUUCGACCCUGAAUUCCAGCGCCUGUUGAACACCAUCACCAGGGAGAAGGUGGACUCCAUGGGCCCCAUUAGAUGUCCGGACGCUUCAGUGGCUGGAUUAAUGGUCAAGGAAAUCGAGAAGUACAGGGGAAACAAGGACUCCAUUGGUGGUGUUGUCACCUGUGUGGUGAGAAACUUGCCCACCGGUCUUGGUGAGCCAUGUUUCGACAAGUUGGAAGCCAUGCUGGCUCACGCCAUGCUGUCCAUCCCAGCAUCCAAGGGGUUCGAGAUCGGCUCGGGUUUCCAAGGUGUCUCUGUACCAGGGUCCAAGCACAACGACCCAUUCUACUUCGAAAAAGAAACCAACAGGUUGAGAACAAAGACUAAUAACUCUGGUGGUGUGCAAGGUGGUAUCUCCAACGGUGAAAACAUCUACUUCUCCGUCCCAUUCAAGUCCGUAGCCACAAUUUCCCAAGAACAAAAAACUGUCACUUAUGAUGGUGAAGAGGGUGUCCUGGCUGCCAAAGGUAGACAUGACCCUGCCGUGACUCCAAGAGCCAUCCCUAUUGUCGAAGCCAUGGCCGCCCUAGUGUUGGCCGAUGCCCUCUUGAUCCAAAAGUCAAGAGAGUUCUCCAGAUCCGUGGUUCAUUAA